GCUUGCACACCCUUUCUUAUGGAUCCUGACUUCGUACCUAUACAGUUUUUCAGUAGAUAACCUUUAGCCACCAUGAUUAUUUUCUUCCCACAGCUCACCAUUUACCAUCGAGUACUUUCAGUGGUAUAUCUCCUACACCAGCAUCAAUAUCACCAAUGUCAACAGCCAUGCUGCCACCUGCCUCUGGAUCCUGUCUCUACAAUCUAUAUGGACCACAAGGAAAUUUUAGUACUCCAAACUACCCACAAAACUACGGCCACAAUGUCCAUUGUACUUGGCUUAUUACGACAUCACCAGGUUCUUACAUUUUCCUCCGCUUUGAUCAUUUCCAUCUGGAGGGUAGUCAUGGAAGUUGCCCUUACGACUACGUACGGAUAUAUGAUGGCAAUUCUUAUCAAAGCCUAACAAUGAGACGCUGCGAUUAUCAAGAUUCCUGGUGUAUUUACAGCCACAGCAACGUCCUUUACGUACACUUCCAAACAGACGGUUCAGUUUCCUACCCUGGUUUCACUGCCUAUUAUGAAAAAGUCUCUAAGAGAUACACAGUCUGCAAAGUCAAUUCGAUUGAGAAACUUAGCCACCAUGAUCAUUUUCUUCCCAUAGCUCACCAGUUGCCGUCAAGUGUUUUCACUGGUAUAUCUCCUACACCAGCGUCGAUAUUACCAAUGUCAACAGCCAUGCUGCCAGCUGCCUCUGGAUCCUGUCUCUACAAUCUAUAUGGACCACAAGGAAAUUUUAGCACUCCAAACUACCCACAAAACUACGGCCACAAUGUCCAUUGUACUUGGCUUAUUACGACUUCACCAGGUUCUUACAUUUUCCUCCGCUUUGAUCAUUUCCAUCUGGAGGGUAGUCAUGGAAGUUGCCCUUACGACUACGUACGGAUAUAUGAUGGAAAUUCUUAUCAAAGCCUAACAAUGAGACGCUGCGAUUAUCAAGAUUCCUGGUGCAUUUACAGCCACAGCAACGUCCUUUAUGUACACUUCCAAACAGAUGGUUCAGUUUCCUACCCUGGUUUCACUGCCUUUUAUGAAAAAGUCUCUAAGAGAUACGCAGUCUGCAAAGUCAAUUCGAGUAUCUCACAAGGCAUAACACCUACUUCAGCUGCUCCAUGGGCAUCCGCCAGCGCAGCUCCUUCAUUUGCUUCAGAAUGCCAUUACCACUCAUACCUAACAGAGGCAGAAAGAAGGAUGAGUUACUAUAACGGCUUCAACGGAUAUCUCCAAUGUGACAACUUGUUACCGCUUGGAUGGUAUCGAUUUGGUGGUGCAGCAGGAACAGAGAUGCCUACGUCCUGUGUAGGAAAAAAUCGAUGUGGCACCCAUGCACCGGGUUGGUUGAAUGGCUCGCACCCGCGAGCAACUGAUGGAAUUGUCCGUGCUAAAGUGUGUUUCCAUUGGAGUUAUGAUUGUUGCUUGUGGUCUGCCAAUAUCCGUGUUCGUAACUGCAGCGGUUUCUACGUAUACGAGCUUGUGCCCCCGCCAAAUUGUCACCUUCGUUAUUGUGGUAAUGGUGGAGCUCUUCACUCAACUAGUAUCACACCUACACCCUCGCAGUCUACUGCAGCCGUUACCCCGGCUAUUCCUGGAAACUGUUUCCACCACCUCAACCAACCUUCGGGUAGCUUUGAGAGUCCAGGCAAACCAGGUUGUUACCCGAACAACAAGCACUGCGCCUGGCUGCUCGAAGCUCCUGUUGGUCAAUACAUCGAGCUACAGAUAAGCUACAGCUAA